AUGGCUCAAGUCGACACUCUGGACAUUAUUGUCCUGGUGGUGCUCCUUCUGGGGAGCAUUGCGUACUUCACCAAGGGCACCUACUGGGGUGUCGCCAAAGACCCCUAUGCCACCUCUGCUAUGAACGGCGGUGCUGCAAAGAAAGGGUCCCGGAACAUCGUGGAAAAGAUGGAGGAAUUGAACAAGAACUGUGUCAUUUUCUAUGGCUCUCAGACAGGUACCGCCGAGGACUACGCUUCUCGUCUGGCCAAGGAAGGACAUGCCCGCUUCGGUCUCAGCACCAUGACCGCGGAUUUGGAAGACUAUGACUACGAGAACUUGGACACUUUUCCGGAAGACAAGAUUGCUUUCUUCGUCAUGGCCACUUAUGGCGAGGGUGAGCCUACGGACAACGCUGUGGAAUUCUGGGAGUUCAUUAACAGCGAUCCCCCUUCAUUCUCCAACGACUCGGAUGAAAAGCCAUUGGGCAAUCUGAAGUACGUGGCUUUUGGCCUGGGAAACAACACAUAUGAGCACUACAACUUGAUGGUUCGCAACUUGGACAAGAUUCUGACCAAGCUGGGCGCAAAGAGAAUCGGUGACGCUGGCGAAGGUGACGAUGGUGCUGGUACAAUGGAAGAAGACUUCUUGGCCUGGAAGGAGCCCAUGUGGGCUGCCCUUGCAAAAGAAAUGGGUCUUGAAGAACGCGAGGCCAUCUAUGAGCCAGUCUUUUCCGUCGAAGAGAGAGAAGAUCUUUCGGUCGAAGACGACACUGUCUACCUGGGAGAACCCAACAAGAACCACCUCGAAGGCUCGCAGAAAGGCCCCUUCAAUGCCCACAACCCAUUCAUUGCGCCCAUUGCCGAAUCUCGUGAGCUUUUCACCGUCAAGGACCGCAACUGCCUUCACAUGGAGAUCGAUGUUUCAGGUUCAGGAUUGUCGUACACUACUGGUGACCAUAUCGCUGUUUGGCCGACCAACGCAGGCAUGGAGGUCGAUCGUUUCCUGAAGACUUUCGGUCUGGAUGCAAAGAGGCACACAGUCAUCAACCUGAAGGGUCUGGACCCCACGGCCAAGGUGCCCUUCCCCGUUCCGACCACCUACGAUGCCGCCGUCCGCUACCACAUGGAAAUCUGCGCCCCGGUCUCCCGCCAAUUUCUGUCUACCCUCGCCGCAUUCGCCCCCGAUGAGGCGUCCAAGAAGGAAAUGACCCGAUUGGGCUCUGACGCAGACUACUUCAAAGAGAAGGCCGCCUCGCAAAUGCUCAACAUCGCUCAAAUCGUCUCAUCCGUCAGUUCUCAACCCUGGUCUGCUGUCCCAUUCUCCGCCCUCGUCGAAGGUAUCAACAAGCUCCAACCACGUUACUACUCUAUCUCAUCGUCGUCUUUGGUACAGCCCAACAAGAUUUCCAUCACCGCCGUUGUCGAGUCGAUCCGUAUUCCUGGUGCUGGCCACAUCGUCAAGGGUGUUACCACCAAUUACCUUCUGGCUCUCAAGCAGAAGCAGAACGGCGAUGCCGAACCAUCCCCACACGGUCUGACUUAUGCAAUCACCGGUCCUCGCAACAAGUACGAUGGUAUCCACGUACCAGUGCACGUCCGUCAUUCCAACUUCAAGUUGCCGUCCAACCCUUCGAAACCUAUCAUUAUGGUCGGUCCUGGUACUGGUGUCGCCCCCUUCCGCGGGUUUGUUCAAGAACGUGCCGAGCAGGCCAAGAAGGGCGAGGAAGUCGGAACAACUGUUCUCUUCUACGGCUGCAGAAGGUCGACCGAGGACUGGCUCUAUAAGGAGGAAUGGGAUGAAUACAAGAAAGCCCUCGGUGACAAACUCAUCAUCUUCAACGCCUUCUCCAGAGAAACCUCCAAGAAAGUCUACGUGCAACAUCUGAUCAAGGAAAACGGAAAACUGAUUAACGAUCUACUACAACAAAAAGCCAACUUCUACGUCUGUGGUGAUGCAGCGCACAUGGCUCGGGAAGUCAAUGAUGUUCUUGGACAAAUCAUUGCGACCGAACGCGGAGUGGACGAGAAGAAGGCCGAGCAGGUGGUCAAGAGCAUGCGCAGCAGCGGUGUCUAUCAGGAAGACGUCUGGUCGUAG